AUGCCCUUAUCCAACUUUAUAUCAGCAUUUCAGAAAUCUGUCGCCUUAACAGAAUUUUCUCAUACACAUCAAUUUCAUUCUAUGCCAAAUCUGAUUCCCAAAGUUCUUGUUGCUGUGGUGAGCGUCGCCCUCUUGGCUUCCGUAAGCCAGGCUGGUGGACACGGAGGUGGUGGUGGAUAUGGCGGUGGUGGUGGACACGGAGGUGGUGGAUACGGCGGAGGUGGAUACGGCGGAGGUGGUGGAUACGGCGGAGGUGGUGAACACGGAGGUGGUGGAUACGGCGGAGGUGGUGGACACAGAGGUGGUGGAUAUGGCGGAGGUGGUGGACAUGGAGGUGGUGGUGGUGGAUACGGCGGAGGUGGUGGAUACGGAGGAGGCUACGGAGGUGUUGGAGGAUCAUCGAAUAACAACUUCAACCUAGCUGGGCCUAAAGGUGGUGGACACGGAGGUGGUGGCUAUGGCGGUGGCGGACACGGAGGUGGUGGCUAUGGCGGUGGCGGACAUGGCGGUGGUGGCUAUGGUGGUGGUGGACAUGGUGGUGGUGGUGGCUAUGGUGGACAUGGCGGAGCGUACGGCAAAUAA